AUGUCUGAUAUUCUUGUAAUCAAGGCCAAUGCAGCUAAAUUUGCUGAAGAAGUUUAAAAUCUCAAUAUCAUGCAGCAUCAUUAAUUACUUGCAAGAUAUGAUCAUUUCUCUUAGAGAAGGAAGAUUCAUCGAAGACAAAGAAUAGCAGAUUAAAUACGAGACUUAGCAGUAACAAAAACAUUAGUGAAUUAAGAGAAGGAUCUUUUUGAAGGAGCUGAUAGUUGUCGAGUGGAAGAAAUUAUAAUAGAAUAGCUCGAGAAAAAAUCUCAAAAAUAAUAGCACGUCAAUGAAAAAAGCGCAGUUCAUAGGUUAAAGUAAUAAAUGAAUAAAAGAAAGAUGCAAGAUGCUAGAAGCUCAUUAGGGAAAUCUGAUGUGGAGAGUAAAAUUUCGGAGUUCGUGCCAAUCGAGUCAACUCCUAUUUUGGAUUAACAGCAAUUACUUCAUCCGAAUUAAUAGCAAACGCCAUAGUAAUUUUUUGAGAAAAGACUGAGAAAUAUGUCUUAAAUUACUUUUAGGUCUCCUUAGUUCAUGACUCCUAUUAGUGACGAAAAACUACAAAUAGUCAAAUUACAAUCUCAAGUGAACUCAAGAGCUGCACCUAUCUUAGAAAUACUAAGAAACAAGCAUCAAAAUCUUUCGAACUCCUCAUAGACAUAGACUGCUCUACCAUCUCCAACAUUCAGACAUAAAGCCAGCUCAUUUGGAAUAUAAACAAGAGGCAGUUAGCAUCGAAUGGUUUUAGAUUUGAGGGAUACUAGCUUGUACAAAAACAUAGAUCAAAUCAAGGGUCGCUUCUACAUCGAAGAUAUGAUUGAAUAGUAAGGUAAACAAAAGAUUAAAAGCUACAUAGCUUUGUAUCCCUCUAAGAUUAUGAGUGAAAAGGAUAAAAACGAGAUAGGAUCAGAAGAUAUCCUAGAAAAAAUGUAACAUUAGCGAAUCUCCAGCUGCUCCUCAGCCAGAAUUAAGCCAAUUAAUUUCUAGAGCAGCAGUUUUCAUAAUAAUAGAGUAUAGUCUCAACCUUAAGACAAUGGAUUUCUAUGUAAUAAUUUUUGA